AUGACUUCUCCCGCGCAGACUGCUGAUGAAAAGCCUGUAGUGCCACCGCUGAACACGCAACCACUCUCCGGCUGGCACCCUGCCCAACAACACCAGCACAACCCGUCACUGGGUGCGCUGGAGCAGCACGCCAGCCACUACGCCCACUCCCACGCCCAUCCGGCCGGUCUCCCGCCGCAACUGCACCGCGGCAGCAGCGAUGAUAUUCUCUCCCCGACGUCCACCUACCGCAACGAACGUGUCCCGAUCGAGCGAGAGAAGCGCGGCAGCUUGGACCCCAGCAUCAGCAGCCCCGAGGACUCGACACCCGGCAGCGACCAAGCCAUGGUGGUUCAGCAGAGCGGUCCGAUGAGUACAUCGGUCACCGUCCCAUCUCGUCCACGACCCGGCAGGAAGCCAAUCCCACAAGAAGAUGCAGCCGACAGGAGAAGACUGCAAAACCGCAUUGCCCAGCGCAAUUUCCGCGACAAGCGCCAGCAGAAGCUGCAAGAGGCACUUGUUGAGCUCGAGGACAAGAAGAAGCAAUACCAGGCGGAAAUUGCGGACAUGAAUCGUAGGAUGGAAGAGAGCCGCAGAAGCACUCGUGAAUUGGAGCAGAGAUUGAAUGCGCAAAUUCAGUCUUUGGUCAAGCAGGCUGAAUCGGCCGAGCAGCGGGCACUUCGAGCCGAGAAACGAAACCAGGAAUUGGAGAAGCAAUUGCAAGCCUCCAAGACGCAGCAACAGCAGCUCCCAUCAAUCGCAAACUUCCGUCCAGCUCAGCCUGCAACUACGCAGACUGGGAAUCAUAUGAAAGAUCUGUCGACGCCUCCAACGUCGGAGAAUGGCAUGGAGGUUGACUUCACGAACUUCGGCCGACCCACCGGAUCCGGCUAUGGCCUGCACCAGACUAUGACCAACGACAGCAAUCAGAUGGACUAUCAGACAGGGGAUCAUUGUGGGUUCUGUACCGAUUUGCAAAACUGCGCGUGUGCUCAGGAAAAGGCUGAGGCCGCCGCGGAGAAGCCGGUGCCCGUCAGUCUGCCAGGUAGCUGCGAUCAAUGCCGUGCCGACCCAGUGCGUGCUCAGGCCUGCAGAGACAUGGCUGCAUCGACUCAGAUCUCAGCACGUCCACCAACGACAGAUGACGCUGCCAUGACCGGGGUGACGACCACCACCAGCAUGCCGCCACCGCCACGCCGUACUUGCGCCAGCAUGGUUGACAGCUUCAACAAGUUCGGCGAGCGGACCUCGUCUAUUGCCUCUCUGUUCGGGGGCGGGCGUCUUAACACCUAUCCUGCACCGAAUGGAGGCGGAUAUGAGUUCGAGGAGACUGAGGCAGCCCAAGUGCUGUCCAAUCUCCACCGUCGUAGCACGAAGGCCGAGUCUCCACAGAGUCUUGCUGAGUCGGCCCAGGAGGAGCGCAGCCCUCGCACGCUCUAG